GACGGGGCCGGUCCGCCAGCCGUGAGCCCUGGGACUGCUCCGUUUUUUUCUGAAAGCUGCCAGCCACUGAAUUUGCAUGGAUUUGGAAGUUAAACGAGUUGCUGCAUCCCCUCGAAGAAAGGCUGAGUUGUCAUUGAGGGGGAAGAAAUGUCAGGGUUGGAGACCAAAUAGACAGGCACAGAGUCCUUGCCCACCAGAGGUGCCAUGCCUAGAUCUAGGGAGGCUGGGAGAUUUUGAUGAAGAGGAUGGGGACUCUUACAUGCUGUACACUGGAAGUUCUUCUCAUAGGUGCCAGCAAGAUUCAUCUUCAGAGUGGAGAAUGUCAUUACAGACUCCAUAUGCACAGCAUCAACAUGGUACACAGCUUGAAGAUGGACACAAUGAUUUUGUAACCCUUGAUAAGAAAACUCUCCUGCAAUCAUGCUAUACAAACCUACCUUAUAAUAUGCAGCACAACAUAAGGAAAUCAGAAGCUGAGGAUGUCACUGCAGAGAAGAGAAAACAGGCUGUUGUAGAACAAGUUAUGGUGGAUCAAUUAUGUAGAGCUGUUAUAAGUGAUCCAGAGCAGUCUACACAUUCUGAUGCUUGCCAGGAAGCUCCAGGACUUUUGGGAGUUGGGAUGGCACCAAUGCGUUUUAGAAAAAGGACCCUCCAUGAAACAAAAAUAAGGACCAAAUCAGGACUAACUGAGAACAUGCUCUCCAACAAGCUAUGCUUCGAUAGUAGGAUUAUAUCGAGAAAUGGUCAUGAUGCUUGUAGGGAGUUGAUUGGAUUUUUUUUCACAUGUGACAAAUCCCUUACUGUGUAUGAAUUUCAACAGUUUGGAAAAAACAGGACAAAUGCCUUACCUUUCAUUCAUAAGGGAGUUUAUCAUCAUCAACGUGGACAAAGAAAGGGAAAAGCUUAUGAUCUUAGUGACAUUUACGUUGGAGCCAAUCUGACUUUCUGAAGUGUCGAUCAUAACCUUCCAGAAAGUGUUAAGCAGAACCCUUUCUUCACCCUUCGUGUGAUAAGUAUUGAUGAAGCAGCUAUGGAUUACCUAAAAUAAGUAGCUUCCUCUCUGGAACUCAAGGAAGAGUGCUCCAGGCAAGUAGUUGAUGAAAGUGAAGUUUUCAAGAAGAUUCAAGGUAUAUUCAGAGAAACACUAAGUAAAAGAGGAUUUGGGGUUAUAACAGGCUUAGGAAAAUAUUUCCUACAAAUAGACAAGAACAGAAACGGUCUGCUCUCUCAGACAACCUUGAAAGAAGCUCUAAAAGUAUUCCAUUUGGAAAUGCCUGAAGGGGACUUUUAGUCCUUAUGGUUUAUUCUUGAUGAUAGCAAGAGUGAUAAGAUCGACUGUGGAGAAUUUACUCAUGCCAUAUUUGGAGAAAUGAAUGAAUAUAGGAAAAAUUUGUAAGAAAAGUAAGCUUAUAUGAAACUAGAUUUCAACAAAACUGGGAGUGUGCCUGUGGUAGAUAUCAGAAAAUGUUACUGUGCAAAGAAACAUCCUCUAGUAUUGGCAGGCAAAACUGCAGAAAAGGAAAUUAAAUCAUCAUUUCUAGAAGCAUUAGGAGAGUCCUGCAGCAACCCCAGUGAAGUGUCCUAUUCUGAGUUUGAAGAUUACUAUGAAGGAUAGUUUGGAAUUGUGGGUGAUGAUGAUUUUGUUAAUAUCUUAUGGAAUUCAUGGGGAAUUUAGAGUGGAAGAUGACAAAAAAGAAGAAGGGACACUUUCUAAACAAGGAGUGACUAAGUAAGAGAGGAUUUAAUCUUGAUGGGCAUUACUUUAUAAUUAAUGUCUUAAACUGAAAUCAGGGGCAGAAAACUUCAGAUGCUUUCAGAAUAAUACAUGGCAAAUUUCAUGGAGUGUCUGUUGAGUUAUGCUAGCCAUUCUUCUAAUAAAAAUGCUGUUCAUGUCUUUUCACUGGAAAUUAUUAAGGCU